AGCAGAAAGUGUUCAUCAGUCAGUCAGUACUUCGAUCCUACUCGUAUCCCACCCAACGAAAAAUGAGAACCAUUCUCACCACAUCCGUUCUGCUGCUCACCUUCGGAGCUCUUAUCUACGCCGACAGCAGUCAAUGGGGCCGUCGAGUGGCCGGCGAUCGAUUGCUCAACUCAUCCACCUUGGUGAACAAUUCCCUUCCGGUGCCGAUCAAAACUGCCGUUUUUCAGUACUUGCCAGCGAUUGGAGCGGCACGUGCACCGAACGUGACCUACAUCCUGGCCCGGGAUAAUGUCCGCAACGGCUUGGGCGGCUUCGCAGCACUGAUUUCCGGCGGUGUCAACCAAACACAUGCCACGCUGAAGCUCUCCUCCCGGCCCAAUCUGGGGUUCAACUUCACGGUGGAGGUCUACGGGAAGUGAAACCUUGAAACUGAAAUGUGAAAUUCUUUCUGCUUGAAUAUAAACUGAUGAGGUCGGAUAAGUUCGUC